CGAUUAUGGCCACCGUGAAGCGCAGAGACUUGAUCCUUGCUGCCGCCGCCGCCUUCGUUGCCUGGGGAUACCUGACACACUGGCAGCCCAAGCUGCUCUACCUGCCCUACGCCUUCGUCACCGGAGUCCUCGCGACACUCGCACUGCUAGCAUGGCUCACCUUCACGACCGCCUGGGACAAAGACCUGCGACGCGGUGGAAACGUCGACUAUGGACCGCGCCACGUCACCUUCAUUGCGCCGGAGAAGUGGAAGGCUGAGAGGGAGGCGCUGGACCGGAGGAACAUGUACAUGAUGGAACCGCUAUACCCCGCGUCCUUUAUGAUAUCCGACAGUUUCGACGUCCUGAUUGGCUUGAUACUGCGCGACUUUGUCAAGAGCUGGUAUGGGAGCAUUAGCAAGAGCCCGACGUUCGUGAACGAGGUCGACAAGGCGAUACGCGCGGCCAUGGGCGAGCUCCGCGAUCGCAUACUGGCGGUAGACAUGGUCGAGACGGUCGUGUCGCGCAUGAUUCCGCUUGUCACCGACCAUCUGCGAGCCUCAUACGAGGCCGAGCGCGUGGUGCGCGGGCGCAAGCUGUCGCGCAACAUCACCGACUCAGAGGAGCUUGAUCUCGCCAUCGCAGCCAAAUUCAAGGAGGGCCGACUGCACCCGGCGGCGUCUUUGGCGUACUCAAACACCAAGCCUAUACAGCAGCAGCACCUACGGAGCAUCGUCACGCGACUGCUGCCAAAGAUUAUGCCCGGCAACAUGUCCACGAGUCCUGCUGUCAAUGUGCUGAUCAAGGAGAUUGUGGCCUGUGCGGUUUUGUCACCCGUGAUGCACAUGCUCGCCGACCCCGACACGUGGAAUCAGCUAAUGGAGGGUUAUGGCCGGUCUGUGCUGCAAGAAAGAAAGACAGUCCGCAAGCUACGAGCUGCCCUCGACGAACACGCUCCGCCCUCGCAGAAGAAUCCCAAGAAUGUGCAGUUUCCCAAACUUGCGCCUGGCGACAAUGAGCGCAGGUUUGAGAGGUUUAUACGUGCAAUCAGACAGACAAAUUCGCUCGCAGAUGCUAGAAGAUUUCGUAGCGAGGUCUCAAGCCAGCUGCACAAAGACUCGAUGAUUGAAGGCCAGGAUCCUGUCUACUUGCGGCGUCUCGAGACAGCACGGCAAAUACUCGAUAAAAAGGUUGCUACUCUCAGCGCUGGCGGGUCGGUUCGAGCCAAAGUCGCAGCACAGGAAAUGCCAAAGCAUAAGCGUUCGUCAUCCAAAUUCGCAAACGCAUCCUUGCGCGAAGUGAUGUAUGACGCGUCAGGCCUGUCAUGCUUCAUGGAGUUCAUGGACCAGGCAGACCUCAUGCGUCUUGUGCAAUUUUGGAUCGUUGUGGAUGGGUUUCGCAACCCAUUAGAAGUAGAGACUGAAGAAGGCCAGGACUACGUUGGCACGCUCCCUGCAUGGACAGAGUCGGAUCGCACGGAUUUGGCACAGAUUUAUGAGGCUUAUUUGUCAAAACCAGAACUCAACAUUCUCCCUGAAGCCCGGCGAGCCGUUGCAGAGUUUCUCAAAGCUGGAAGGAAAGCGACACCGCAGCAAUAUCACAAUGCACGGCAUUCUGUAUUACGUGCCCAAACAGCCGCAUACGAACAACUACAAGAACUGUAUUUCCGGCGCUUCAAGAAGUCCAACCUGUACUACAAGUGGCUGGCUAUGGAUGAAGCAGUGAAUGCCGACAAGGACACUACCGAACAGAAAACCAUGGUGCAACCGCAGGAAGCUCCUCCUCCCACCCCACCUCCCAUGGCUCGCAGACAUUCAAGACAAAAGGCUUCAUUGACUAUACCACAAGGAGAUCUGCGCCGAGCAGUUGCCUCUUCCUCAGACCUGAAAAGCCAAGGCGCAAUUAAAAAUGCCGAGCCACCUGCAAGACGCUCCUUGGAUGUAGCUCCAUCAACAUCUACGCGCGCGCCUUUGUUCGAUGACGAUUACGACUCUGACCCCCUUGCGCAUUCGAUUGCGAGUUUGAACUCAGACUUUGGGCACGACCGCACUGGCGGCCACGACACACGAGUAGUUGAUGCUAUGCAGGCUGCUCUGAAUGACAUCAUGGAUGAGCCGGAAGGCUCCAUCUUCUAUGAACCAGGGUUGAAAUCUCCUGUAGAUAAUGAAUCCAUGCAUGGCUCUGUCGAUCUACCUCGGGCAUUUUCGCCAAACCCUCAGAUACAGCAAAGCAAAGAUAGUCUGAGGCCGAGCAUAGCAUCACUAGGUCUGGUUGGUGAGCCCAGAACACGUGGUGUCUUUGACGACGAUUUAUUCGGAGACGAGCAGAAAUUCUUAGAAGACGAAGUCGAUGAUCCAUUACCAACCGAGAAGACAGAAGACGAGGAAAUACAUGAAGCGGCGCCCGGAGAUCUAGGCUUAGCAGAGGCUAUCGAUGCACUUACCGCUGAUAUUGAGCGUCUGGUAACACAGGAGUCUAUCGUGGAUUCGCUAACAUCCAAGGCUGAGCUGACUAACAACGCCGCUGAGCUUAGAAUCUUGCGCAAGUCGAAAGCAAGCCUGCAGCGGGAGAUUCAGCGAAAGGAACUUCAACGGCAGCAAUACAUUGUUCAAGAGAGCGACAAUAGUCUGUACGGGCGCGCCACCGUGUACAUUCAGUCAAUCAUGGUUGGCGCAGAAGAGGAUGGAAAGGAAUACGCCAUGUAUGUUAUCGAAGUUCGACGCCGCGCUGGGGAUCAGAUGCCUGCUGCUACCUGGGUCGUCUCACGAAGGUACAGUGAGUUUCAUGACCUCAACAAGAGGCUCCGGGCAAAGUUCCCUGAAGUUCGAAAUCUGGAGUUCCCGCGCCGCCAGAUGAUGCUUAAGCUCCAAAAGGACUUUCUGCACAAGCGACGGCUUGGCCUAGAAAAGUAUUUGAGAGAGCUACUACUUAUUCCAGCAGUGUGCCGCAGCCGUGAACUGCGGGCCUUUCUCUCUCAAGCUUCCAUUAAUCCCGCGGAUGCUCUCAAGAACCAAAAUCCAAACUCGAAUGACUUCGUCACCCGCAUCUACAACUCCGUCGCAGAUGGCAUGGAAGAGUUCCUUGGCAACAUUCCAGUCCUUGACCAACUGUCAGUAGCGGGUCAAAAUCUCAUCUCCGCUGCUACUACACAGCUUGCGAGUACAAACGGCGCCCAGCCCGGAAGCCUAGCCUCUUCUGGUGUAUUGGUGGCAGGCGAGUCCAACCAUGAUGCAGAAGCCGAAGCUGAACUGCUCGCAUUCGAGAACAAAGAAUUGGAACCUUUCGUAAAACCAAUAUGCGACCUCUUCUUGGAAACGUUUGAGUUGAACCGCGAGAACAACUGGCUCCGCGGCCGCGCUGUGGUCGUAGUCCUCCACCAGCUCCUAGGUGGCACCAUCGAGCGCAAGGUGCGCGAGUCGUUGAAUGACCUACUCUCCGAAAACAACAUUGUCAAGUACGUCGACUCGUUGAAAGAUAGCAUGUGGCCAGACGGCCGGAUGAAAGCCGGGGUCGAGCGAACAAGCCAAGACAAGGAGAAGAGCAGAAAAGCGGCGAGCGAUGUUUUGAGUACCUUGGUACCAGAGUUAGCCAGCAGUGUGGUAGGGAGGCAAAAUGCGCAGUUGGCAGCAAAGAAGUUGGAGGGGACUAUUAAUAACAGCCGGUUGAAUACGCAUCUUGUCUUCACAUUACUUGACGAGAUUCUCCAGGUGCUCUUUCCGGAUGUAUUUACGAAGUAA